AACUUCACUCCUUUCGUAACCUAAGCACCGUAUGAUCGGCUCUUUGAUGACGUUUAACCAAACAAUCGGCUGUUUAUAGUUUGUUUUGUCAAUAUUUCUCUGUGUUUUGUUUGUGAAUAUCGGUUGAAUAUAGUGUUUGUGAAUAUGUGUUGUUUUGUGAUUAUUCGUUAGUGAAAAUAAUCGAGUUAAUAUUAAAACGUGUAUUUUCGAUUUUAUUGUGUAUCGUGUAAAUUUGUUGUGUAGUGUAAUUCUUUGACAAGUUGUGCUCGGUGCAUCGUUUAUACGAGUGGAAAAUGUCGAACAUCAGCUACCGGUACAUUAAGCUACUUUGUCAAGAUAAAAAUGGCUCUUAUAUCAAGUUACUGAACACGCUGUCAUCUGAUCUUGAAGAUAUGCUGACAGAACUAUACGAGGAGCAUAAUUUAUCCAGAAAUGCGACGUUCCUAGAGCCACAUCUUCAGGGCAUAAGAAGACGGGACAGUCGAAGCUCAGAAUCGGAUCACGAUGAACGCUCAACGGAGGAUGACGAGCGCUCGCUUCUUCGUAGCUCUCCGCGGACAAGAUUACCCCCUCCACCCCCUCCGCCGCCGGACGAUGAACCCCCUCCGCUAAAGCCAAGAGAAUUCUUCGAAAGACUACAGAGUCAAGCGAUGAGGGAAGCCCAGGAGAGGAAACAAAGACCCAGAGACCUGCCGAUCAAAGAACCGAAUCUAUUUAGGCCGGUCGAUGCGGACGGCAGCUUGGGAGACAGUCUCAGUCAGAGUCGGGAAAGUCUGUCUUCUGACGGCGAAGGCGCCCGCGGCGAUUGCUCAUCCGUCGGCUCUUCGGGCACGUGUUCCGAAGAACAGCCGCCAUGCGACAUCGGUAUCCUGGAGAGAUUGAUCAGAACGCAUCCCGUGUGGUUCCUACCGGGAAUACAGAGGGCGGGGGCGUUCCACUUACUCCAAGGGAAGGAGGAAGCAAACUUCGUAGUCCGACAGUCGAGCCAACCCGACACGAUGGCCAUUAGCGUCCGCCUUCCACCUGAGAAAGGGCCCUACAUCGAGCAUUACCUCAUCCAGGCGUCGGACGGUCGCAUCGGCCUGGAGUCUUCACACAAUCGCUUCGACAAUAUACCUGAACUUAUCGCGCAUUACUCACAAUGCUGCGAUGAAUUACCAGUGCAGCUACAAUUACCUCGUGCUCUUCGUGAAGCCAAGAGUCGUCAUCAACUCAGCUCGUUGGCGCUUCUUGGCCAAGAGUUCUGGGGAUACCCGAUGGCAAACCCGAAAAACAAUCCGCAGAAUCUGCUUUCUCCAUGUCAGUUGGCCAAUGAAGUGGCGCCAAUGGCUAUGACGCCCUCUGACACUGGAUCUAGUCUCAGCAGUUUCAAUGCCAGUACAAGAACAAGCUCUCGUGAACAUAUCUUAAACUCAGAGAAAGAUCAAAACGUAGUGCUUAAGAUGUCGCCGAUAGACACAUCUGGUUCCCCACCGAGUCAAAGUCAGAACCUAAGCACUUUCAAAGGCAGAACGGCACCUUCACCACCGCCGAAGCCGACAACCACUUUUGUACGAGCGCCGCGGCCGACCCCACCAAAUACUCUCAACCUUAUAUCUAGUACAGCUCAUAUAACACAACCUCACACAUUUCCGACAGCAAACACACAACACUCUCCCACCCAGAUGAAUAGUGUGAAAACCACUCCGCCUCCACCACCCCCGCGAUGGGCUAAACCGCCUUUUUCGAAAUCAUCCUUAUCUCCCAAAUCCGAACCUUUCAUUCCCAUUAACAAGGCCGCACAGAAUGGAAACAUAACAGUCACUACAACGGUUACAUUCUGUGUUAAUAACACUCAAAUUCACAACCAUCAGCUCAAUGAGAGCAUACAUAAUGACAGGCUGCAACUAACGCUUGCAUCUAAUAAUACCAAUAACAGCAGUAAUACAGAAUCUAUAAUCAAUGUUAUGGAAACGGCGAAAACAAUUGCUGAGUGUAAUGAAGAUGCUCAGAAUAUGAUGCACCGUAUGUCACCUGAAGGAGAGUGCAUCAAUGCAAUGACCACUAGCUUGCACGGAAGCUUCAAAAGACAAGCAAAUGAACCAAACACUGCUGAAAAUGGAUCACCGACAGAGCCACAAUCUCAGACGAACACCUCAGACUCCGUCGAUCCCAUCGCCAAUAAUAGUUUAACUAAAUCAAUGAGCAGUUUCGCUCCUAACCAACUUGUUUCUCCCAAUGGAACAAACUCUGUUACGAGCGGAAUAUUUUCACCGACAAGUCAGAUAAACUCUCCUGUUUCGAACGAUACGAUAUCAUCUAAAAGCGGUGUCUUUUCUCCACUAAGUCAAACGAACAAAAGUGAAAUUUUUUCACCUAUAUCUAGAAGUUCCCCAGUAUCGGGCAAAAAUAUUUUCUCUCCUACUUCCAAUCAGUCUAUCGUGUCUCCAGUGAUGGGAAAGGAUAGAGAAAAAGUUUUGUCUCCCAGUACGAACACAGCGAGUACAACGCCGUCUGGUAGAUCGAGGAGGAGUAAGCACUCCCUACGAAAGGAGUCCAAACAUUAUCAGGAAUCAGAUAUCCUUGAAUCUCCGGGCGUGUAUUACAGAAGUUCUUUGAUGGACAAAGUAUCCGAUUAUGAAGAUAUCUGGGGGCCAGAAAGUAAUAAUUGCACUACAUUCAAGCCUUUAAAGCCAGAAAAUGAAAACAUUAUUACUAAUGGUCUUAUGAAAAGCAAGAGACCUGAUCUUUUACCAGAUACACUGCCAAAAUUGAAUGCUGCAAAAAGUACACAGUCAAUAUUAGAAAAGGAAAACAUACACAUAAUCAACUCAAACGAAAGUAUCCAUGAAAAGAAGAAUAUAUCUGAGGGAUCGUUGAAAAAGAGUUUCAAAGGUUCUCACGAAGUUAUUGCAACAACGAAUAGCAAGGGAGAUGUUAUAGCCAAAAGGCCUGAUAAACUUAACAUACCAAUGAACAUGAAUAAAAAACUGACUGAAGAAAUAGAAGCUGCAUUCAGAUGUAGAGAAAACUAUAAUACUGAGAGCAUGGAAACUGUGAAGAUAGAGGAUGAUAUCAAAGAUCCUAUACUAGAUGAUUCUGACAAAGAUAACACUGGCAGCCCUUUCUACGCAGAUCCAGUAGAUGCUUUGAAAGAAGCUGCCCUUCUGCCUCCAGUACAGCGUCGAAAACUACUGAGAGUCGGAGUAAAUCUCUCUCAGCGCUACUCCGAGCCGCCUACUCAAAAUCAUCCUUAUUACCCUCUACGUGACAUGCACAGCAUCGAGGAACUUUCUCCAUCAUCGCCAAACACGUCGUCAUCAGUUGACAACCUGGUGUCUCUGCGGAACAAGCCGAAGAUGAAGCCAGUACAGCCGCCGCGCGUCGCCAAUAAGCCACCCUCAGGCAAGAACGACCCUUGGACCGUUGAUUCCAGUUGGGAGUUUAUAAACAAAAACGACGAAGGUAUGAACAACGAGAGCGGUACCUUCCCGUCUCUGGCCGAACAAGAGUGUAGGCUUAGCGGCGUCGACGAUGGAACCCAACAUUUGACCGUACACCAGGUCGUAGCGCAAAGGUUUCCAGACUUGAAACUGAACGCGGAGCCGAUGGUGCUGCCUGAAGAAAUCCGAUCCCCGCCACGUGCAUCUUGCUACGACAACGUUCAUGAUCUCAGACCCUUAUCUGAACAGGCAAGUGACGACGGCACCGUGUUCUCAGAACCUUGGGACAGCUCCCAAUGGGAUGGAUUGAUUCCACCAUCCAAUGGUCAGCAACCGUAUGACACGGAAGAGCCUUGUGAAUGGGAGUCGCCUAUUCCGCGAAGGGGACCUAUUGCAGCGACGCGGGCGAAAAGCUUCAGGGACCGGUUGGAUCCUCUGCUUGCGGCCGGGCGAGUUCGCGCGCUCCGUGGCGGACGCAGUACACGCGGCGCCGGCGCAGCCAUCCGCGCGUACGCACUGCAUCUCGCGCAAGACAAGAGUACGACGUUUGCGCAGAACAUAGACAACUUUAUUGCGUGCACGCUGGAUUCCAAAGAAACAUGUCCGCAGGUGAUGAUGCGCAAUAUGAGACAAUUCAUGUCCGGUAUGAAGAACUAUCUCGUGAAGCACGGCGAGAGGGAGUUCGAGAAGGAAGUUGAAAAAGAAAGACUGAAGCUGAAGCCGACGGAGUUCCUGAACCUGGACGCGAUCCUGGAGGGCGUGAUGCACCGCGUGGUGGUGGUGCCGCUGCGGCGGCUGUACGCGCGGCUGGCGGCGUGGCACGCGCGCGACGUGCGCCGCCUGCACGCCGCGCUCGAGCGCGCCGCGCACGCCACGCCGCUGCAGCUCGGCGUCAAGGAAACUACUAAAGUACCUUCUUCAGCUGUAUUAGCAGUAAUCUCAAAACAUUUCCUCAAGAUGCAAGAAGCGGACUCUCCGCUGGACAAGCUGGAGAAUCUGUUGGCAGCCAUAUCUGUUAUGUUUAAUGCGAUUCGUGGCGAGCGCAGUCUCGGGGCAGACGACUUGUUGCCAGUACUGGCGUGGACAGUAGCGCGGUGCCGACUAGUGUGCGCUGAGCUGGAGGCUGAACUGAUGGCUGGUCUACUCCCUCC